AUGGGUAAGAAGAACCGACGGAGAACUGGGGCCUACAUUGAAUUCCAAACCACGAGGCUUGCACCAGAGACUGCGGUACAGGGAACACGUUACGACACCCAUCUGCUGACUGGAACCACGGAACCGGACAGGCACAACAUGGGCCGACAGUCCCAGAGGCCUCCACAGGCCACCAGCAGAGACACACAGGACAUAGGUGAAUGGCUCCAGAAACCGAUGGCGCCCAAGAUGGGGGCCUCGCCGGACCACACACUAGUCCCGCAAGAUGAAGGUGAGCAGCCUGGGGAUGAGCAGGAGCUAUCUACUGCACAACCAACCAAGGGGAUACUGGCAAAUCGGAACAAACUCACUCCGGCUACCAAACAAGACAUAGCCGACCUGCUAAUGGAAAUGAGGCACGGAAUGAGGACAGAAAUACAGGCUGUGAACGCACGCACACAGGCAUCAGAAGAGGAUAUUCUAGACCUGAAACAGGAAGUAAAGGGGCUAAAGGAACAUUUCCUACAUAUCCCAGUCCACACUCACCACAAGAGUAGAUGUGGCAGAGGACCGCAAUAG